CAAUCAACCCUUGAACACUUCGCUGAUACUUAUCGAACUCAACGCCAAAUCAAUUACCUCGCGACAUCUAGAUGUCAUGAAGUAUUACUAUUUCGUUCAAACUGCCAUUAAGUGGAGGUCGAAAGAACCGAAUUUGCAGCACACAAUUUAUUGCCCAGGAGGAGAAUAUAAUUCUGGAAUUUUCGUGGCGGUAUCUUCUUUUUCAGUUUAUCAUGUGAUAACUUUUGCCCGCGAGGGCAUCGAGAAACUUUUAUACAGGGCUAUGACAGAAACUAAAAUCAUUAAAUGGACCGCAGAUGUUAGGUUCCCGGCAAUCAUUAAAUCUCGUAUUAUUUCCGCUGUUGAGUCUAUCACUGAGACUUUAAAUCACACAAAGGGGACAGAAAUAGAGGUGCAUGAAGGAUAUAAUUUGGACAGAAUUAAACCAUCUCACGUGCCUCUAAUCCAUUCUUUGUGGGAUGGUCGAGAUCCGAAACGUCCAUACUAUUAUCAAGAGAAAAUAACGAACUCCUCUCCUGGGCUUUAUAAGAAGAAUAUGGUGAAAUCUGUGUGGUUCAUACGAUCGAAAAAUGCAGAAGAAUAG